AGGAGGCGGAGCCUGUCGAGCGGUGGGGCAGCGGCAGCGGCGCCUCAGCAUCUCUGCCUGCCUGCAGACGCCGCCGUAUCCCGCGCGGAGCCCCGUCGCAGCAGCAGCGCCAGCAUCCUCCCGUCCCUCGCCAGUGGUAGACCUGACAGUCCGGAGCCAUGACGACUCACGUAACACUGGAGGAUGCUCUGUCCAAUGUGGACCUACUGGAAGAGCUGCCAUUACCUGAUCAGCAGCCAUGCAUCGAGCCACCUCCGUCGUCUAUUAUGUACCAGGCCAACUUUGACACGAAUUUUGAAGACAGAAAUGCUUUUGUGACUGGCAUUGCCAGGUAUAUUGAACAAGCUACAGUGCACUCAAGCAUGAAUGAAAUGCUGGAGGAAGGGCAUGAGUAUGCUGUGAUGCUUUACACAUGGAGAAGCUGUUCCAGGGCCAUUCCCCAGGUAAAGUGUAAUGAACAGCCAAAUCGAGUAGAGAUUUACGAGAAGACAGUGGAAGUCUUGGAGCCAGAGGUUACAAAGCUCAUGAAGUUCAUGUAUUUUCAG